GUUUUAUUGGAUGAAUUAAAUGAUGUCAAUGAAAGCGCGCGCUUGACGUCAUAUCCUACGCGUACUCCAAAAUGCAAAGUAUAUAAAAGCGCUUCGACGACCAGAUUUCUCCAUUAUUCCUAAAGAACUCCUACGCCCUCAGUAUCCUCUCAUAGAAAUGUCUGGAAGCAUGCAAUCCAAUGUUGGAAAUUCUCAGAUCUACAAUGAUAACGAGCAAAGAACUUAUAAGGCAUCAGAAGCCGAUCCGAGAGAGAGAUAUGAAUUUGCACCGAAGAACGCACACAAUGAUCUCGACUCAAAAGACGAACGCAGCCUCGGAAACCGUCUAGCUUCCGCGCAGGAACACGGCCUUGACAACACCAGUAACAAGACUAAAGAUACUGUAACAGACCCUCUGAAACCAGCACAGAUGAAUGGGAACGAGCCAUCGAAAGGUGCGAAGAUCGACGCGGAGUUGCAGAGGGAGGAGGAAGAUCUACUCAGAAACAAAGGAAAAAUAUGAUUGAUCAUGAACGUUCGAGCCACGAAAAUCAUCUGUAUCCUUGACACAAGAUUGUAAACAUUGUAC